GUCACUUAAGCUUGGAAAACAUUUUUGAGACAAUCUUUGUUUUCAUGUUCAAUAACGUUGACCCAUUAACCAUUUGCUUACGCCAACAACAGUUUAAGAUCAAGAUUAAGAUUCAGAUGAUUUUGAAUCACCUUUUUUCCGGUUUUUACUGUCCAGUUUACUUGGUUGAUCCAGCUCAAUCCCUUUUCUGUUUGUUUCAAGUCAACAGGAAUUGUGUGCUUAACGUAUUCAACUUGAUUGGGAAGAAAAAGUGAAAUUGGGAUGAAAAAUGUUAACAAGAACAGCAGAUUAUUACACUUUUCCAGGGUAAACCUUUCCCCCUGAAGGUUAAAGAAGAUAAGUUAGGAUGGUCUUAAGGUAUAAUGAAAAAAAUAUGACCACAAGAACGAAUCAAAUGAGCCGCGAUCUCAGUUUGAUCCAUUUUGAAAUCCAUUUGAACUUCAAUUUUUUCACUGUUGCUGAGCGCUCGUCGCGUUAUAGUCUAAAGUCAGUCUCAACUCUUACAUAGGUUCAACAGUUUAUUUACAUUAAAGCAACAAUUUAUUAAUUGUCAACAGUGUUUUACCGUCAAUUGCAGCUAAUAAGUGCGAAAUCAGUUUGAUUUCACUUUUAUCAAUCAUUUGUUUGGUUUCUGUUUAUGUGUUCAAGUUUUUGUUAACAUUUUUUCCUGGUUGCUCUUCAAGUUGAUUGAAAAUGCCUGAAUCUGAUUACAUUUGGCCUGUAGAAUCGAUUGACAAUGUUCGACAAGCCUUUUUGGACUUUUACGAGAGUGAUGAUAAGUGUACAUAUGAUUCGGUUGAUGUAGCUGAAGUAAUGGUGGACGAUUGGUGGAUUAAAAGGUUUCUCAUUCACGAGCGUGGAAAUGAAGAUGAAGCACUCAACAAGUUGAUCAAUUGUUUGAAAUGGCGUAAAGAGACGGAGAUAAGGUCAAUCGAGGAUAACCAUUUUCCCGAGGAAAUCUAUCGGAUUGGUGCCCUUUUCAAUUACGGUAGAGACCAGAAUGGUUUACCAACAAUUUACAUUCGCGUUAAGAUGGUUAAAAAGUUGAAAGAAAUAUCGGAUUUAAUCAAGUUAUAUAUAGCGUACACUUUUUACAAGGUUGACAAACAAUCCCAUGGCCAGGGUUGGGGUUUAAUUAUUGACUUUAACGGAGCUGGUGUACAAAAUACUGACCUGGAAUUGGCUAGAACCAUUGCUUUCUGUAUCAAAACGUACUUUCCUUCCUCCCUUGAGUAUCUCAUUUGUGUUGAUUUCCCGUGGAUCUUCAAAGCUUUCUGGAAUGUCAUUAAAAGCUGGAUUCCAGCUGACCGUAAAUUUUCACUUCUAUUCCUAUCAAGAAGCCAGUUAAAGGAUACAAUUGAUCCUGAUUAUUUACCAGCGUUUCUUGGUGGCAAUUGUCCAAAGUCACCUACAGAGGCUCCAUUGGGUUGUCCCAAGUUUGUUGAUUAUUGUGUGACCGAGCUUGGUUUAUCCCAAAAAGCUGCAGAAAAGGUUUUCGCUCAAUAUAAACCUUACCUUUGAUUACAUUUACUACUAUAUCUAAAUCAAUUAGCCAUUAAUUAUUCUAACCUCCAAGAUUAAUGUUCUUCCUAUUAAUUAAUUUCUAUGAUAUAUUCUUAUUGUAAACUUGGAACAUUUAUUUGAUUGCUGGUUAAUCUUGUAUCAACCCUUGUAUAUGACAAAGAUUAAUCUGGUUUAAUGUAAUCUGGUCAACAAGAUAUUUAUUUGUAUUGUAAAUUGGCAAAGGUUGCGUUGAAAAUUCACAUGCAAAUGACAAUCAGAGCUAACAACCAAAACCUCAUGUUUUAUUAUAAAUAAAAAUUUGUUGCUGCUAAGAUUUCCAAUUUAUUCAAACAUUGAUGACAAGAUUCACCGAGUUUGCUUUUCAAAAUGACCUAAUUGUUGAUUACUAAUUAAUAGUUCAAACAGGUUUUCAUCGAAAUUUUUAUUCAUCAAUUGGAAUCUGUUAUAAAUGCGCUAAAUAAUGAUCCAAAAUUUAAUAAUAUUUAACCAGGAAAAAUCAAUUUUUCAAUUUGCAUUCCCUGAUGUCAAAGCAUAUUGUAAGAUAUCAGAUGAAUAAAGCAGUUGCCAAUAACUCAUCAAUCAAUGCUAAUACAAUGUUCACCUUUUCAACAAUCAACUCU